UAUCCUCUCAAUCCUCAACGCUUUCCUAACCAGAUUUGCUUUCCUCCCUGACAGAAAUCUCUGAACUUCAAUCUCUCCCAAAACAUCCUCCAGAAGAAGAAAAACAAUCAUAAGAAGCUAAAAGAAGAUCAAUUUCUACCCAUUAAUGGCGUCCAUGGCUACCCUUUUCCUCCAAUCUACAAACCCAACUCACCCUUUUCACAAAAGCAACAAAACCCAUCUCCAUUUCAAUCCCAAAUUCUCAGUUCCUAUCCUUUCUGGGAAAAAAAUGAGGAAGCAUCCUCGGAUUUCUUGCGGAUUGAUUGAACCCGACGGUGGAAAGCUCGUUGAGCUCGUCGUUCGGGAGUCGCAGAGGGAUGAGAGGAGGAAGGAGGCUGUGUGGGCCCCACGGAUUGAGCUGUCGCGGAUCGACCUUCAGUGGGUCCAUGUGCUCAGUGAGGGGUGGGCCAGCCCUCUCCGCGGUUUUAUGCGUGAGAACGAGUUCCUCCAAACACUUCAUUUUAAUUCCCUCCGGCUCGAUGAUGGGACGGUCGUUAAUAUGUCGGUGCCUAUCGUGCUGGCAAUCGAUGAUGAGCAGAAGCAGGCGAUCGGGCAGUCCAGAAAGGUCGCUCUCGUGGAUUCCGACGAGAAUCUGGUUGCGAUUUUGAACGACAUUGAGAUCUACAAACACAAUAAAGAAGAACGGAUUGCAAGAACUUGGGGAACAACGGCCCCUGGACUACCAUAUGUUGAGGAGGCCAUUGCCAAUGCAGGAAACUGGCUCAUUGGAGGGGACUUGGAAGUUAUAGAGCCAAUAAAAUACAAUGAUGGUCUUGAUCAGUACCGGCUGUCUCCUGCAGAACUACGUGAAGAAUUCAAGCGGCGUGAUGCAGAUGCCGUUUUUGCUUUUCAGCUUAGAAAUCCUGUACACAAUGGGCAUGCUUUGCUUAUGACUGAUACACGCAGACGUCUACUAGAAAUGGGAUACAAGAAUCCUGUCCUGUUACUUCAUCCAUUGGGAGGCUAUACAAAAGCAGAUGAUGUACCCCUUAGUUGGAGGAUGAAACAACAUGAAAAGGUGCUUGAAGAGGGUGUUCUGAAUCCAGAUACAACAGUCGUUGCAAUUUUCCCAUCUCCCAUGCAUUAUGCAGGCCCAACUGAGGUGCAGUGGCAUGCCAAAUCACGGAUAAAUGCAGGGGCCAACUUCUACAUUGUUGGCAGGGACCCAGCUGGUAUGGCCCACCCUGUUGAGAAACGGGACCUCUACGAUGCUGAUCAUGGGAAGAAGGUUCUCAGCAUGGCUCCCGGACUCGAGAGGCUCAACAUUCUUCCUUUCCGCGUGGCUGCCUAUGACAAGAAGCAGAAGAAGAUGGCUUUCUUCGAUCCCUCCCGGCCUCAAGAUUUUCUGUUCAUUUCAGGCACUAAGAUGCGGACUCUUGCGAAGAAUAGAGAAAACCCACCAGACGGAUUCAUGUGCCCCGGUGGAUGGAAGGUGUUAGUUGAAUACUACGAUAGUCUGGCAGCCUCAGAGAACGAGAAGUUCCGUGAAGCCAUUCCCGCCUAAAGGCCUUGUGUUUUCCAUGUAUUCUGGGUUGCAUAUGGGUCACUUGUGUAUUAGUUUGGACAGUGGAUUUUGCAUUGAUCGAGCUGUUUGCAUAUUUCAAAACUUUGGUUUUGAUCAGCAUAGGUCUGGCAUUAUUGUUGUCUGCCUGUUUCCAUGUUAAUUCAGCCAAGCAUGAAUAAGCAGUCUGUAAAUAGCUCAGUUUUCAUUGCAAUCUCAAAUUCAUUUGGGUA